GCGCUUCCCAUCUCCUGCUACCUACCGGCCGAGGUCACGUACGAGUAAUCGAGCGCCGAGUCCUCGAUGGGACCGGCCCCUCCCCCGCCAUUUUACACUCGCGAGUAAGCGGCGGGGCAGGUACCGGCCCGGGUGAGCCCGGCCGCCCUGAACGGGGGGAGGCGGGGGCUUGGGCCAGGCCGGGGAGCCAGGGCUGGAGCCUGCCGGCCGAGGGAGCAGGGCGUGACGCUGCUGUCUCCCUUGCAGGCCCCGAGCCGAGCCGGGCCGGGCCGGGGGAAGGCGCCAUGGAGCCCGGCGGUGGGCGGAAGGAGAAACCCAAACCCAAGGAGCCCAUCAGCCGCCUGGAGAAGGCCAAGCAGAAAUCCGCCCAGCAGGAGCUGAAGCAGAGGCAGAGAGCAGAGAUCUACGCCCUGAACAGAGUGAUGACGGAGCUUGAACAGCAGCAGUUCGAUGCCUUCUGCAAGCAGAUGCAGGCUUCUGGAGAAUGAGACCCUCUGUCUGCCAUCCCAGGAUUGCCAGUGGCCUUUUAGACCAGGAAACAACAUGGAUGAGUGGUGGUCAGAGCUCAGUGUUCCCAGGCAUCUUUCUGCUGACCAUGGGCAAUAAUAAAAAAAACCAUACAGAACUGCACACUUGCAGAUAUAGAGGGGGUAGGAUCACUUGUACGGCGUGAACCUUGCUCCACCUGCCCUUCAUUGUAACUGCCUCAGACCCAUUGUCUGGAGUUUUCCCAGCAGCAGUGCAGAAUCCUCUGGUUCAUCCUUGUUAAGAUGGUACAUUUUUCAUUGUUUUAACACUGUCCUUCUUAAAAGUAUUUAUUACUUUGGUUUGACAAAUAAACAUUUUUUAAAAUAAAAAUUGUGGUUGCCCUUACCUGGUCCUGACGCAUAAGGGAAGUGUCUUCUAAAAGCAGGAUGUCAUGGUUGGAGCUGUGAGCUGUUGGCCAGGAGAAUGAGAUUAUCACCCAUUUCUUUUAAAUGCUACUGGAUACAAGACCGACCAGUAACUGGGUGGGCGCUUGAGAACGUGGGAGCAGAGAAUGGACACGCAGAGAGCAUGCCAUUAGCACACAGCUCUGAGAUCAGGGGAGGGUUGGGAAGAGAGUACCCACUGACAGGAUUUGAUACCUCUCAGCUAUUGUUUGUCUGUAUUCAUCUGGGGGGGAUGUGCUCAUUCAGCUAAGAACUUCCCAUUGUGAUGAAUGGGCCAUGUCACACCUUUGUGAGCCUCCUAUACUGCAGAUGGAGUGUAGAGUCUCUACCCUAGUAGGACCUACCCCUUGUUGUCCUCCAGCUCGCAGAUGCACUCCUCACAGCCCCAUAGGUACCACAUUCCAUCUCGCUCAUGGUGCCGGUAGCUUGAGCAAGCUGUGCCCAGGCAGCUCCCUCAUCGCCUCUUCCCUUGUGUGUUGAGAAAGUGGUGAUAGUGAAACUCACUAACAAAAAAAGGCUUCUGUGAAAGGGGAGUUGUGGCUGCCUAGCAGUAUCUUGUGUUCUUCCUGAGUGUUUCUGAAAAUGUUCACUUUGA